AUGGAACAACAAGUACCUUCACCCACUGAUACCGACGCUUUAGCUAAUAGAAUCAAUUUUCAUACAAGAGAUUUACAUAAUGUUAUUGACAAGACGAUGUCAAUUAAAGCCACUUUUGCCUUGAGACAUAGUUUUAUCUAUAAGGAUAUCUUAUUGUCGUAUUACUAUGUGUUCAGGACAUUAGAAGACGAAAUUGAUUUUAUAAUUAGUAAUGACAGAAGUCACAUUGGUGAAAUCUUAAGAGGUUUCUUCAACGAUAAAUUUAGAAGGAAGGAUCAGAUUCUAAAAGAUUUAAAAUUUCUAAAUGUCAUUCAAGAUCAAUCCGACGAUCAAUGGCUUUCAAGUCGUCCUGAACUUUGUAAAUUUUUGAAUUUUAUCAAAUCAAAUUUACACGAACAUCCAGUGGAUGUCUUGGCUUACUGUCAUGUUCUGUAUUUGGCAUUAUUCGCUGGUGGCAGAAUCAUGAGAGCCAGUAUGAAUAAGAAUCUUUCAUUUUUUUUCAUGCCAAAAUUUGAUAAAAUGUCACAUACUGACGUUAUAAUGAAUGCAACGAAUUUCUUCAAAUUCGAUAAAGAUAUCGUCAGUGAAAAUAAAUUGAAAUCAGAAUAUAAGAGAAACUAUGACAUUUUAACUAAAGCGAAGUUAAAUGAAGAUGAAAAAUUGGAGAUUAUUGACAUUUCAAGAGAAAUUUUUAAAUUUAAUUUUAAUCUUUUACAAGAAAUUGGUACUGUUAAUAAAGAUGAAUUAAUGAAAAAUUUCAACUAUAAAAUGGUCACCUAUGUAGUGGAAGAAUGGAAAUUCAGAAAACCACAGAUUAAAAAAUACGUAAUCCUAUUUUUAAUCAUAUUCCACUUAUUCGUUUUCAUCAAUCUUUUCAAAAAAUUCUAUUUACAAGCUAUUUAA